CCUGUAGUGUAGCGUUUGUGUGAUUCGGAAUUCUAUUCUCUCUACAUUCUUCUACGAUUUUUACGCAAUUGGCCAUGAAGGCUUCUUCCCCAUGCCGAUGGAACCCUAGAUCCACCAACAAUUCCCUUCGCUCGAUUUUUUCUGUUGGAAUUAUUAAAUUGCGAAUAUAGUUCAUCUUUCCCGCUAUCACAGGUUUAUCUUCUCUUGUCUCGAUUUAUUUUUUUUUUUUUCAAAAUUUAAAAUCUCUGUUCCAAUUGAUAGGCAUUUUUGCUUUUUCUCUGCUUACUUUCCGUCAGAUUUUGCUUUUGAUUGGAUUCAGUUUUUCUACGGCCAAUAGUUGAGUUCCCGAUUUAAUUUAGGGUUUAUUCAUACUUGCUUGAUCUUAGGUGUAUUUUCGUUUUCUACCUUUUAAUUCCAUGAACUCGAGCUCAAGAAGCUGUUAUGAAGAAAAGAAAACUGAGAAGAAUUGGAUCUUGGCUAUAGAAGGGGAUGACGAUCUUUGUAUUUUUGAUGAUUUUACUUGAAUACUUGGGAGAAAUGCAUCCUCCUCUAACAUUACACAGACACCCAAUGUGUGCUGAAAUCAUUGAGCAGUUCCAGAAAUGUCAUUUAGACCAUCCCAUUGCUAAAUUCUUCGGUGAAUGCACAGAUCUUAAGAUAAAGCUUGAUCGCUGUUUCCGGCAGGAGAAAGCUUUGAGGCGAAAAGCGAAUUUCGAGGAGAGUAAGAAACUGAAAGAGAGGCUAAAGGCCUACAGAGAUGAAAAUGCCGAGUGAAGAAGCUCAUACCAAUGCUUUCCUUCAUUUGUUUGUCUAGAGUUUAUGCAGGGCCAAAUAUGAUGACAUUGAUACAAACUUGAGAAAAGAUUUAUUGUAGGAAUGGAUAAGUCAGUGUACUUAUGUUACUCAUAAGAAAUUGAAUAAGGAUAAGAUCGGAUGGGGAUGUAUUUUGUAAUAGUUCUCACUUCAUUCUCCACUGUGAUACCUAAUUUACCUGUUUUUGUCGAUCAAUGGAAGAGACUUAUCUUUGUAGUA